GAUCGGCAUCCCUGGACCUUAGACUUGCGACAGCCCGCUGCGCUGAGCUUCCGAUCGUACGACUGGAUGCGAUUCUCUCGAUAGACCAAGUAUAUCAAACUCCUUAGCUAACUGAGCUUUGAUACCAUACGGAUCUUCUUCUCCCCCGGGUCCUCCUUGUUCCCCAAUUGUUGAAUGGCACAGUAUGAAUUUCGAAGAUGAUGACGAUAACGGAGCUGGCUCCCCAGAUACUAGCUCAGAGAAUGAGCACGAAGACGAGGUGAUGGAAGAUGCGGAUGAUGCCGACAACGAUCCUGAUGGCGACCAAGACGUAGACGACGGCGAUGGUGAUGGCGACGAUGGCGACAAUGACGAUGAUGAUGGCGACGGUGACAAUGAUGAUGACGACCAAGACGAGCCCGAAAGCCCAUCACAGCGACCACGAGGGAGCCUACCAAAUGGCGGUACUCCAGGACCGUCGCGGUCUAACACGAACCCCACAGUCACGCUCACUUCGCCCUCUCCUCGGACUGCUUCGGUGUCCCAUGUAGGCGGACUUCCUUUUCGACCCUCAAUCCGCCCUGAAGCUUUCACCGCGCCCGUUUACGAUAUUGUUCCCACGAUUGCUGCUCCACAUAGUACCUCAAUUAAUGCGAUUACGUCGACGCCCGACAUGCGCUGGGUCUUUAGCGGCGGCGCAGAUGGAUACAUAAGGAAGUUCAAUUGGGUAGAUACUGCCAAUGGAAAGCUCGCCCUCACUGUGGCUCAAAGACACCCAUUCGUCGACAGUGUCACGAAAGCAGGUGUGCUAUUGAGCUAUUGGGAGAACGAGGAUGACCGAGCGACCGAUUAUUCCUCAUCUCUGUCUCCCGUAUACUCUCUGGCCGUUCAUCACCAGUCACUGUGGCUGCUCUCGGGGCUGGAGUCAGGAGGAAUAAAUCUCCAAUCAGUCAGGCACGAAGAAGGCAAACGGAUAACAACACUCCGACAACAUACAUCUGCUGUUUCUGUGUUGACACUAUCGCAAGAUGAACAAUCUGUUCUCUCCGGUAGCUGGGACAAGACCAUUAUCGAUUGGGAUCUGCAUACCGGACAAGUAAAGCGGAAAUUCGAGACCAGCGGUAGUCAGAUUUCUGCCAUCGAGCAACGUCCACUCUCGACAUUGCCCAUUCCCCAAGACACAGACACUAUGCCGCAAUCAAACGGGACUUUCUCAUCCAAUAAUGGAGCGCGACCGCAGCCAAACGGAGUGUCGAACGGUAUCUCAGCACAACGUACAAACCAGCCUUCGACUGAAAUCAACAACGAUGACGCGCCCGGGUCCCCCGAGAACGACUCGUUGUUUGGCGAUAACAAUUCGCUAUUUGGAGACGAUAAGGACCCUUCUGGUGCCCCCUCAGCACUUGCGCCAUUCGGUGAUGACGAUGAGGAUGAGUUCUCGAGAGCCAUUGCCAACGGCAUCCAGCAGGCUGACGAAGAUGGCCAGCCGGAUCUUGACAUGAUGGACAUCGGCGGGCCAGUGCAGGCCCCCGAGGCCGAGAAGCCCGCAGAACCCACCAGCGAAUCAGCCCCACAGCCGACUGAACCUGUAGUGAACGGUGUCACGGACGAUGACGCACCCGUGGUCGUCAACGGCCUGCCGCACGCAGAAGAAAUAGUCACAACACAGAAUGGCGCCAAAGCAGAGCAGCCAGAUUCCUCCGAGACAACAUUCGUCGAUGCCUCAAUUGACGGAACACUCAGAAUAUGGGACCGACGGCAACAAAACCCGGUCGCGCGGAUCACGCCUACAAGAAACACGCCUCCAUGGUGCAUGAAUGCCUGCUGGUCACCUGAUGGUAAUUUCAUCUACGCAGGAAGGAGAAACGGCACAGUGGAAGAGUAUAGCUUGCACAAAGGGCUUAGGGAGCCUCGUCGGACCUUUAAGUUCCCCAGUGUCAGUGGCGCCGUGAGCGCCGUGCGGGCGAUGCCCAAUGCGAAACACCUUGUUUGCGCUUCAUUCGACAUCCUCCGCCUCUACGACCUCCGCGAGCAAGAAACAACCAAAGCAGCAGUCCCCUACCUCAUCGUCCCCGGCCACAGGACCGGCGUCAUCUCCCAGCUCUACCUCGACCCUACGUGCUCAUUCAUGAUCUCGACGGGUGGCAAUCGUGGCUGGGAAGGUGCUACAACGGAAGUGUUGCUCGGUUACGAAAUCGGUAUUGGAUCAUGAACGCGGACGAAAAGCUUUCUUGGCUAGUACGGCGUGGCAUUUGGAGGCGUGCUUUGGAGCAUUGGUUCCGUUCCAUGCUGCUGCUAUCGUUGUCGUAUUUGUGGGCGGUGUUGAUAUUCAUUUUUCCCUCCAUCGUUUUUUCCCGUUUUGGUACUACUUUAUACCCAGGGACCCAUUGUCUCCCGCGGCGCCGGGUUUAUCAUCUGUGAUUUUGUUUAUUGUUUGGGGUGUAUCCAAAAAAAAAUAUAAUUAGCUAAAGAUGAUAUCAUCGCAACGAAGAAAGCAGCAAUUCUUCAUCACAUAUAGUUCGUUAGCAUCACGACCGCUGGUCUGUUCUGGUCCUACCCUGAUGUUUCUCCGAUCUAGCUUGUCUGGGAUGACAAAAAGCGAUACAAAAUAUAUAUGAGCAACGAU